ACACGUGCCCGAUGGCCAGCCCAGUGUGGAUGCUGCUGCCACUGCUGCUGCUGCUGCUGCUGGGGUCCUUGGCGGGGCACAGGCCAUGGAAGAAGCAGGUGUACCAGUCCCACAAGGGCAUCGGGGAGGCGUGCAGGAUCAACGAGGAGUGCCAGAGCAACUGCUGUACCACCGGCAGCCUGGACCCCAGCAAGCAGUGCAACCCCAAGACCAUCCUACUGAGGUGCCUGCCCUGGCGGAAGCCCAAUGGGCACAGCUGCUUCCACAACUCGGAGUGCCAGAGCCGCUGCUGCGUCCGCAGCAACCGCAGUCGGCAGAAGUUCUGCACGCCCCUGACCAUCUUCCUUCAGUGCGUGCCCUGGCGCAAGCCAGAUGGUGACUUCUGCGGCAACCACAGGGAGUGUAACAGCCAGUGCUGCAUCCAGCUGAGGGAGGACAGCCCCCAUCGCUGCAUCCGCCGCUCCGGGAUCCUGGCCCAGUGCCUGCCCCUGCUGAGUCUGCGUGGGAGGCUCAGCUUCAUCGAGGGCACCACAGCGACCAGGCCGGGACCACAGCCGUGAGAGGUGGGCUCUGAACCCACGGUGAGGGCAGAGCACCCGGGCACCCUCUUCGAGAGGCCUCGCCUCACCGUCCAUCUCAUAGAAGGCUCCUGGGCUGGGCACGACUCCGCAGGGUGUGGGCACUGGGUCGGAGACCAUCAGAGCCCGG